CACAACCGCCAUUUUCAAAAUGGCGACAGUAAACGAGCUCAAAAGUGUGUUAAAAGAAACAUUGGAAAAUAGAGGUGUACUUGGUCAAAUUCGAGCUCGAGUUCGUGCUGAGGUGUUUAGCGCCCUUGACGAUCAAACUGAACCAAGACCUGCCCUAUCUAAUGAGAACCUGUUGAUCAAUGAACUUAUAAGGGAAUACUUGACUUUCAACAAAUACAAAUACACAGAGUCAGUGCUCCAAGCAGAAUCAGGUCAACCCAAGGAGCCCAUGGACAGAAGAUUUCUAGUACAAGAACUAAACAUUAAGGAGGAGGAGUCACCAACCAUGCCACUCUUGUAUGGGAUUUUAGCUCAUUUUCUUCAAGGAAGCCAUAAUGAAGGGAGACAAUUUACAGGUGCAAGACAAGAGCCCAUGUUGAGAUCUCAUACAAGAGAUCAGCGAUCAAGAAGAAAUGCAGAAGGCUCAGGUCUUUUGGGAGGUAGAGAUGAUAGAGGUAGAAUGGACGCAAGCUUCGUUCAUGAUCCUGAGCCUGUUGUCGUUAGAGGAGGGAGAUGACACCUUUCAUUUACAACUGUAGUGAUAGAAUAUUACCAUCUUGUCCAUGAUUUCUCAAUGAAAAUUUAUGUACAAAGAUUUAAGAUUGUCAAUUUCUUAAUUAGCUAAAAAAAAACAGUAAUUCUCCUGCUUCAUAAUUGUAUUUGGCAGGAAAAGAAUUUGGAGACACCAGUGGCCUAAAAUGUAUGGCCAGUUAAUGAGAAAUUGAGAUGGUCCACCUCAAUUAAACAGUUCUUACCAUGUUGA